CUCAAAACAUAUUGAUCAUCUUAAGUGAGUCACUGAAGAGCUUGUCAAGGCAGCUGUAAUCAGAAAACAAUUGGGGAACAGAGAGUUUGUCUCAGUCAUGUCCUUGUACACUGUGAUAUGUCUGACUAUGCUUUGGGGUCUGAUAGAUACCACAGAAAUACAGAAUGAUUUCUACGACAGCUGCAAGUGGAAAUGCCUGAUAUUUGCUCAACUGUGGCCAGGAUCAUUUUGCAUGAGUUUUCCCAGAAAAUCCUGCCACAUUCCAGAUCAGGUGAAUGACUGGACUAUACACGGACUCUGGCCAAAUGGGCACAAAUUCUGCAAUAAAUCUCGGCACUUGACAAAGGAGGACAUUGACAAUCUUACUGACAAAUUGUUCCAUUAUUGGCCAAGUCUAACCAACUUUGAGCCUUUCAAGUUUUGGGCAAACGAAUGGAGCAAGCAUGGUACUUGUGCAGCAUGUGCUGAUAGCAUGUCCACGCCACACAAAUACUUCAGCCUUGCACUCCAGCUCCGGAUGAAGUUUGUCAUCAAUAAGGCCUUCGCUGCUGCUGGUAUCACACCCUCAUGUGAUAAAGGCUACACGUUGAACCACUUCCACACAGCGCUGACUGAUUUUGGCACUCAUGUUAACCUCCAGUGUUACAAAUCUACGGGACGGCAGAUACUCAUGCAAAUCAAAAUUCCCCUAAGUAAGGACUUUUCCAUCGGCUGCCAGCCUAUUGAAGACAAUUUUAAUAAAUCAUAUUAUCAUCCCUGCACAAGCAAGUCUGAAAUAUAUUACUAUCCCCUCACGAGUCAUCCACAUGAUCCUUGUCAUUAAAGGAAUCCUCUCUUUACAUCCUGGCUGUUUUCAGGAAAGGUACUUUUGAUUGAAAUGUAUUAGAUGCCUUAUCUUUUGAUGUUCACUUGUAGGCUAAACAUUUGUUGGUUUUGCUUCUGGGUGAAGGGUAGGGCAAGGGUAUCAUUACUUUGAUGGACGACUGUGCCUGGCUUUUUAUUGUUUGCCUUGUAUUCAAAAAUAAAAUUAAGUUUAACCUCUUGGAUAUUUUGGUCUUAACAGUAUUCUAUUUCAAUUGUAAUAGGUUCAUAUUAAAUAUCCACACUUAAAUUGUGUGGAACAAGGUCUUUGCACAAUCUCCAUCAUUUGGGAGAGGGGGAAAGAAUUAAACCUUUGUUUGCCUGUUAACCGCAACACACACACACACACACACACACACACACACACACACACACACACACACACACACACACACACACACACACACACACACACACACACACACACACACACACACACGCCUCCCCCCCUCCCCCUUAGGGACUCAGCAGGUCAGGCAGCUUCUAUAGAAGAGUACACAGUGGACGUUUCAGGCUGAGACCCUUCAUCAAGACUGGGUCUUGACCCAAGAUGUUCCCUGUUUACUCUUUUCCAUUGAUGCUGCCUGACUGCUGAGUUCCUCCAGCAUUUUGUGUGUGUUGCCCUGGAUUUCCAGCAUCUGCAGACUUUCUCAUGUUUAUGGUUUAUCUAUUGAAAUAAAUUGGCACAUCUGUCAAUUCUCUUGCCAACAGCCCGUGUUGUCUGCCCCACAACUGAAUUAAGAGAUUUCAUUGAGCUGAAAUUAUUCAAUAUUCUUUAAAAAAAAGGCCUUUUAUAUAAAAUAAGAUUGUCCAUUCUUUCUCAUACUGUUGUAUUUGUUUCUUAACUUCCACAUUCUCUGUAUUUAUGGGAUUAGAAUUGUGGAUGACUGAUAUUUUCUCUCAACAUGUAUUUCCCAUAAUUCCUUACAAUGUAGAAGGAAGCCAAUCAGCUCACUGAGUCAGUGGUGGUUGUCACAGCAAUCCCAUCAGCCCUCAUUCACCCACUUACUUCCUGCUCACUAUUCUUCCCCAUAUGCUUAUCAACAGCCCUAAUUUUCCCAUCAGCUAUCCACAUAAGGGAUAUUUUACAACAGCCAAUUCAUCUAGCAACUGGAGUAUCUUUGGGAUGUGGGAAGAAACCAGAUCAUGCACGGGGGUGGAGACAGCAGUCACAGGGAGGAUGUGCAAACUCCAUACAUACAGCACUGGAGGUGAGAAUUGAUCUGGGAUCCAUGGAGAUGCGAGGUUUCUGCACUACCUACAGAGUUGCUGUGCCAUCUAUUGCUUUUACAAUGACUUUAUAGAAACUAGCAAUGCAUGUAAUUAAAGCAUUUUAUUGAGGCUAAAUAUCAUAGCUUUAUCUCCUACCUGUUGUUGGUAAACCUGUUGAAGAUCAGAUCUUCAAUCUAAUACUUAGCUAUGAUGUUUUCAGACUGGCUUGUAAUUCUUUCUCAAAAGAUUGAUGUAACAAUUCCUUCACUAAAUAUGCUUUGCAUUUUACAAAUGUUUAACGCCAA